AUGGAGGAAACGGCCGAGAAGAGCCAACAGAAGAUGAAGGAGGCGGAAGAAGAGGCAGAACGGAGCCACACCGACGAAGACGACACCAGCACCGAUACGAGCGAAGACGAUCGUGGUGUAGAGAGCACCACCAAGCGGGCGUCACGUAAACGACAGCGAAACGGCCAAAAUGUAAACGACAGUGAAAAAGAAGACGAAGAAGAGGAGGAAGAGGAGGAGGACACCGAUGAAGCCACCGAUAGCGAGGAAGACAAACGAUCACAGACAGCCGCGAAGGCCAAGAAGAAGGACCGCACGUCGACGUCGCGAUCUCCAACGGCCGCCAAGAAGAAGAAACUCCUCAAGAAGACGCCCGACUUGUCUCCUGCGCCGCUGCCCACGGCUCCGCGCGUGAUUCGCGUGACGGGUCCCAAGGCGGCGGUCUUCAACGACGACAGAUUUGAGGGCGAGAAAGACGACAACGGCGCAGAAGCUGAAGAGAAAGACAGCGAGGAGAGCGGAGCCAAGGAAGACGACGACGGACAUCAUCAACAGACCGCGGGCGGGAGCGGUGAGGGCGAGGACAGCCACAUCGAACUGAGCGAAGAAGAGGAUGACGCGGAGGACGAGGGGGAUGAGGAGUAUGGCAACGACGAAGAAGCCGGUGGCAGCGAAACGGAAGCCGACGGCGGCGCCCAGCAUACGAUGCCGUCGCUAACCGCCACUACGACCACCCUGGCCACGGCCGCGUCGACGAAGCCAAAGUCGCGAGGGAGAAAGCGCAGCGCCGAGACCGCGUCACGCCAGGAGCAGCUGGUGAGGGAGCGCCACCGAGCGUGGAACGAAAAGUACGAAGAGCUCAAGAAGUGGCGCCAGGAGCACGGCAACAUGACCGUUCCCAUUUCCGCCAACAUGGCGUUGUCGAGGUGGAUCUACGUGCAGCGAUACGCCAAGAAGAACGGCAAGAUGGCGCUCGAGCGCGAGCAGAAGCUGAACGAGCUGGGCUUCGCGUGGACCUCCACCGACCGGCUCGACGUCUCGCCCGGCUCAGAGGGCGGCAAGAGCAAGUCGAAGUCCCACAAGAGGAGGAAGACCAAAGAGAGCGUGGUGGUCACCACCACGACACCGGCGACGAUGAGCGACCUGGUCCGGCCAAGCGAUGGAGCACAACCAUGA